UGAUAAAAUUUGCGUUGACGCUACGGGUCCCGAGUAACGAUUCUAUCGAUCUAAAUUUUCGUGUUAAAUAGCAUUUUGUGCGUUGUAUCAGUGUUCUAGCCGACAGUGCAACGCAAUGUUCGCGAGGGCACCCUUCAUUUUGGCGGUGGUCGUUCAGCUGGCGAUUGUUGGAAUCGGCGGAACAGCGGGACAAUUUACAGGCCCUACACUAGCCUGCGGUGGUACAUCGUUGCUAAAAACAACCACACUGAUUUCACCGGACCAGAUCGGCACCAACGGAGGCGCCACUAGCUGCAGCUACACCAUACGAGCCUUCAAUUUACGCAUCUGUCAGCUUCGUCUGGAUUUCAACUCAUUCAACCUGGCCCCACCGACGCCCGAUAGUGGUUCGGAGUGCAUCGUCGACACACUUUCGAUUCAGAAUCUGGAUUUCAAUUUGUGCGGUGAAAAUACUGGACAGCACAUUUACGUCCCCUUCACCCCGACCCUCUCGGCACUGACGAUGGCUAUUAACUUUAAUCUUGGCGCAAGGCUUCCGGGGCAAAGCGCACCGUACUGGAAUAUACGGGUGCAACAACUAGAGUGCCCGAUAGGUGUUUCCUACGCAUCGAAACUGGCCGUUCGAACCGAAUCGACCGGCUUGACCAAGACCUUUCACCACGAUUUAGCAUCUCUAGCACCGACAGGCUGCCUGCAGUAUCAUACCGCUCAAACGGGGGUCAUCAAAUCGUUUAAUUUCAACUUAGGAGGGCCCUAUAUUGGCGGUAUGCAUUAUGCGAUCUGUUUCCGUCGUCUUCGAACCAAUACAGCCCUGAAACUGUACGCGGAUGUGUUCGACCUGCCAGUAAACGAAGGCACGACGGCGAAUGGAUUUGAGGAAUCAUGCUAUUGGCCUAUCCAAACCCAGGGCCGCUCGGAGGACCAUCUGUUUAUUCCGAACGGCAAGGUUGACGUGGGUGGGGUAACUAUGAGGUAUAAUCGAUUCUGCGGCCAAAGCAUUCACCAGAAAUCUGUGGAAACGUCCGAAGCGGGACCGUUUGUUCUACGUUUUACCAGUGACACCGUUUACGGUCUCAACGGAGCAAGUGAAACUGGUUUCCACAUUACGUACGAAAUUGUCUAAACUACCCAGCGCCGCGAUAAUCCCAACAAGAACAAUAUUUAACACUCGCUCUGGAAUGACAGGCUUUUUCUUUACCGAAAUAAUAAUCAAAAUUUCAGCAUUCUAAAGGUAGCAACGUUUCACUGCCCACACCCACCUUGUAUUUGUGUUUGUGUUAGAAGAAAUAGAAAAACGACAUCUAUUCGUUUAUUAUUUCCUAGUCCAUUCUGUAGCUUUAAGAAACAUACUCA